AUGCCGCCUGCACUCCCAGGCUUCUACUAUGACGCCGAGAAGAAAAGGUAUUUCAAGAUCCAACCCAAUCAUGUUGCAGCACAUGGAUCAGCGAGUAAGUACUCGAAGGCGACCCUGGAGAAGGAAGCCGAGGAGCAGCGCGAGCAGAAGCGGAGGAAAUUGUUUGAACAAAGGGAGACGAAGAUGAAAGUGAAGCGGUCAAAGGUGCUAGAGAGUCCACUCGGUGGGGGAUGGGGUGUUACGAGGGAGCUCGGCGUGACGAAACUUGACCGCAGUACCAUCAUGAGAGCCUGGGCGCAGGGUCUGCACAGAAUGGAAGUCUUGAAUUUCCGUCGCCCCGAUGGUGGCUCUGGAACAUUCGUGUACGAUACGGCCAUGGGGGUUCUUACGCAUGCUGAGGCGCUCCGUGGCAAUGGAGCCGAUGCUUUAUUUAUCGUGUUCGUGGACAUCUCGAUUGUGACUUUGGGGACAAUUGGUGUAUCGUCAAUCGACAAACAUGAUUCGAUCUACUUAUGCUCCAACAGGACGACGACCAUGGGCGGCAGCCAACCAGCUUGCGUUCACCUAACCAAACUCAUCCAGCCGGAACAAUGGAGGGCGCGGUACCAGGGCUAUACAAGGACUCGAUCACAUGAACGACAUAAUGAUCCGCUGUCGUACACAAGCGAUGUCUCUACCACCAUCCGCCCCCAAACGAAUACUACGUUCUGGGCUUCCUCUUCCCGCCCUGACCCCACGAUUUCUGAUUUUGCCAUCGCCACAACGUGCGGUACUGUAAUUGUUGCGGAAUCUCAAUCUUCGUGGACAUUUGAUCGAAUCCAGACCUUCAAGUACGAGGACCCUGACGCCAGCCCCGAGGUGCUGGCUGUUGACUGGCUCGACACGAAUGUCCUACUCAACGGAUGUCGAGACGGUACAGUGAGAUUAUGGGAUGCGCGGACUUGUGGCGCCAGUGGGACGAGUUGGAGAGUGAAGCAUCAGAGUUGCAUCAAUCACGUCAGGAGGCUCGACGCGAAUAGGAUCGUAGCUGCUGGGUUGGAGAGGCAGAUGGCGGCUUACGAUUUACGUUACAUACGACCCAAGAGCGAUCUCGCCAAUGGUGUCACGAGACCUUACGUGGAGUUCCCAGGGUACAGCAAUAAAGAGCUCAAUGGCAUCGGGGUCGGAUUUGACGUUUGUGGGAAUCUUGUUGCGGCGGGUACGGAUGAGGGAGGGGUGCAGAUUUUUGAUGGGGCGAGUGGGCGAGAGGUGACGGUGGGCAUGGGAGGGGAUAUGGGCAAGGAUUUAGGAGGGCCGGCGAGCUGUUUGAGAUUCGUGGACACAGAGCAACGGAGGGAUGGGAGAAGAUUGUUUGUGGAAGGUGCGAGAGGGAUUGAGCAGUGGACUUGGUGA